AUGGCUGUUUUAGACAGGUAUCUUGGAGAAACAGCAGGGUUUACUGCCCUUGCUUAUGUUGCCGCUGCAGGGAUUCUGGUCUAUCUCGUCGCAAACAUCGUCUACCGACUUUUCUUUCACCCACUGGCCCAAUAUCCUGGACCGUUCCUCAAUCGCAUCUCGCCCAUCCCUCUCAGCUACCAUCUCGUCCGUGGUCGCCUGCCAUUCUACGUCAAGCAACUGCACGAUGUCUAUGGCCCCGUGGUCCGCCUUACACCAACCGAGCUCUCGUUCAAUUCCGCCGACUCGUGGAAGGAUAUCUACGGCAGCCGUCCAGGUCACCGCAAUUUCCAUAAAGAUCCAAUCCAUGUCGGAUCUAUCCAGGCUGUUCCGGGCGCGGUGACGAUCACGAUGGCGGACGACGUUGACCACGCCCGCCAGCGCCGCUCUCUAUCCCACGCCUUUAGCACCAAGGCUCUGCUGGAGCAGGAGUCUUUGAUCAAGGUGUAUAUCGACACCUUCCGUGACAAGAUGAACGAAUUCGCCCGCUCCGGCAAGACUUGUAAUAUCGCCGACUGGUUCUCAUACACGACAUUUGACAUUAUUGGACAUCUCUCCCUCGGUGAGCCGUUUGGAUGUCUGACCAGCAGUGACCUUCGAUUCUGGGUGCCUUUGAUUUCCGAGUCGAUCAAGGCUGGUGCGAUCGAGCAGGCGACAAGGCGACUGGCGACGACCGGCGGUGUCUUGCAAGCAUUGAUGCUGAAGCUAUUUGCGCCGAAAGAACUCCGCGAACAGAGGAUUAAGCAUCUGAGCUAUUCGCGAGAGAAGAUUCUGAAACGAAUGGGACAGGGUGGUAACAACCAGCACCGGGACUUCCUACACUAUUUGAUGACGCAGCAAGAUAAAGAGAACCUGAAUCAGGAAGAGAUUAUCGUGAACGGGGCGCUAUUCAUAAUUGCUGGAUCGGAGACUACAGGGAGCUUUAUGACAGGACUUUUCAACCAGCUCCUGCAGCCUUCGAAUCGGCGAGUUCUCGACAAGCUUACGGAUGAGAUACGGGGUGCGUUCCAGCGUGACGAGGACAUCACAUACGAGGAGUUGACCAAGCUUCCAUGGUUGACGGCUGUUCUUGAGGAAGGCCUUAGGCUAUUCCCCAGUGCGCCCAUAGGGUUUACCAGGGCUGUGCCGUAUGGGGGUGAUUCAGUCGACGGCCAUAUGCUUCCAGCAGGAACAACAGUGUCAACGUGUAUGUGGGCGGCGACUCACGCAGAGGACAACUUUCACGACCCUUACACCUUCAGACCGGAACGAUGGCUGGACAAGGAGAAUACAACCGACAAGCUGAGGGCGAGCAAUCCGUUCUCACUGGGACCUAGGGGCUGCAUCGGCCGCAACUUGUCGUACAUGGAGCAGCGGCUUAUCACGGCAAAGCUGUUGUGGCAUAAUGAUAUUGCCAUGACUGGGGAUGAGACGUGGACUCAAUGGGAUCCUAGAAACGACCAUGAGAACAUGCGAGUCUUCACCAACUGGAUCAAGGCGCCUCUCACGGUCAAAUUGACGCCGCGGAAGUUCAGCUGA